CUCUCUCUUCAUUAUACCGCACUGUGCUGUAGUUCUGCAGCCACGUCGCAGACAGAGACAGCAUCGCUCUUACAAACCUCACUGUCUUCAAACUGGACCGACAACAUCUUUAUCUCCUCGUACAGUUCGUGUUUACACACUUUUAUUUUUAAAAUAGUGACUCGUUACGGAUAAAUUGAGAGUAGUUCUCCGCUGUAGGCAUGGAACCAGAGGAUGUACAUUUCAGAUCAGCAGAACAUUUGAUAGGCGAGGAAGAGAAUGAGAAAGCAGCAUUCGAGAGGAAGGAGGAUGGAGAGGAACACCGCAAAGCAGGGAGACCACCGUUGUCCCGCAUCCCUACCUUUCAAAGCUCCCUGGGCCGCAAGCGAGUCACCGUCCAGAAUGCAGAGUCAUCACCGAAGACGGAUGGAUCUAUCCAGCAGAGCCAAAAAGAGAGAGCUGGCUCUACAGAGGCUGGAAGAGUGAAAAUGUCAGGAUCACUGCCUGUCCCUUCGGCUCGUUUACACACAAGCCUUGCUGAUGUUCUCUCUCAAGGGGAUAUCUCGGGUCACGCCUCCACUCUUUUGGCACCGAAAAUAAAUCAAUCUCUUGAUCAAACGCCUGAGAUUACAAAAGACUCUGAUCAGGUAGAUAUGUCACUAAAGCGACCCCCACUCAGGAAUGCCUAUGAGACCUCUGAUCUUGUCGUAGAGCCCGUUUCUGAAUUUGAAACCGCAAGCGGAGAGACCAUCUCAGAAGAUGAGCAGAUGUCGGCGCAGGAUGCCACCGUAGAGGAUCUGAGCUCAUGCUCCUCUGUUGAUCAGCAUGAGGCAUCUGAUCAAGCUUGUGAAGAAGAUACUUUGAGAGAUGAUAAUGAUAAUGGAAGUGUAGCCCAAUCACAUUGGACAGAAGAAAAUAGCGUCACAGGGAAUGAUGUGAAAUGUGUGGAAUGUGUUCCUGAUAAGGAUGAUGGAUCCAUACUUAGUGGUCAAGAUGAAACUGCUAAGAUCCAGAAACCUUCAGAUAGUAAAAAAUGCUUUAAAGAAACACAACAGGGAAGCCAAACUGCCAGUACUACUCAGACAAAACAUGCCGAGACCAAAACGUGUACACCCUCCAAGCAGACAAAAGGAAGGAGCUUUUCCCUUUACUGUCUCCUGCCCACCAUUCUCCUCCUUUUGGGUGGACUUGCAUCGCACGUCUGGCAGUAUGGAGUCCCUAAAUCUGUGUCACACCUGAUGUCACAACUGGAGCUGCACUGGUUGGAAAGUUUCUGGAUGCCUCAAGAGACAUGCACUUCUGACUGUAGGCUUACUAUUGUUGAGAGUGUCCCUGAGGGCCUCAGCUUCCCUUCCGGCUCGCCACACCUGCAGAGCCUUUCAGACACUUGGACUAAUCUACUAAACAAAGCAAACCGCUCUGUCCACAUUGGUGCUUUCUAUUUCACACUCCGAGAUUCAGAUUUAGGCCUUACGGAGCCCUCGUCUGUGCUGGGCAAAAAAGUGUUCAACCAGCUGAAGCAGCUUGAACCAAAAGGAGUGAGGUUGAAGAUCGCUGUAAACGCCCCUCAGCCGUACAUCGCAGACACAGACGAACUGGUUGCAACAGGGGCUAAGGUCAGGGGAGUUGACCUGCAGAGCAUCACUGGAGGCAUUUUGCACACCAAACUAUGGGUUGUGGAUAAGAAACACAUGUAUUUAGGGAGCGCAAACAUGGAUUGGCGUUCCCUUACCCAGGUGAAAGAAGUUGGAGUGUCUGUGGAAGACUGCAGCUGUCUAGCACAGGACGCCUCACGGAUAUUUGACGUGUACUGGGACGUUGGAGCUCAGAAGAAUGGAUCUCUACCUCCUUUCUGGCCGGGCCGUUUCUCCGCCCUCUCCAGUUCUAAGUACCCAUUAGCUGUUAAAUUCAACGGUGUCCCUGCACGUGUCUAUUUGUCUAGUUCUCCUCCUCCUUUAUCAUCACAUGGCCGUUCUGACGAUCUCUCAAGCAUCCUGUCAGUAAUUGCUGAUGCUGAGCGGUUCAUAUAUGUGUCUGUGAUGGACUACCUUCCCAUGUCCCAGUUCACGGAGCCCAUUCGGUUUUGGCCUGUCAUCGACUCGGCCCUCCGUGAGGCAGCUUGCACGAGAGGUGUUGAGGUGAAGCUGUUGGUCAGUUGUUGGAGUCAUUCUCCUGGUGCCAUGUUUGUUUUCCUCCAGUCUUUAUCGGUCCUCAACAAGCCCCCUCUGAGCUGCAGCAUUCAUGCUAAAGUUUUUGAGGUGCCUUCAACACGAGAGCAGCAGAGGAUCCCGUUUGCACGUGUUAACCAUGCCAAGUACAUGGUGACUGAUCGAGUUGUUUACAUCGGAACUUCCAACUGGUCUGAGAAUUACUUCACCCAGACGGCAGGGGUUGGGCUUGUGGUGAAUCAGACGGGUUCUGCAGUAGGGCAGGGCCAGAAAACCAUUCAGAGCCAGAUGCAGGAGAUUUUCCAGAGGGACUGGCAUUCAGAAUACGCUCAAACCCUCACUGAUGUUCACGCGGAGCACUGCAGCGGAAAAAAGCUUACAUAAUAUACCACGCUCUUUAUUUGUUAUGUUGCUAUGCACUAUGAUUCAAAAAAUAAAAACAUCAGACACCAAAAACUCAAAACCCUGCAGCAUUCCUGCCUACUGAUAACUUAUUUAUGAUGGAUGUAUUUGCCAAAAGGAUGCUGUGCAUUUUUAAUGUUUGUUAUAAAUAUGGCAUAUAUUCUUUUUUUUUCAAGUGCAUUUAUUGUAUAUUUGCAUUAUGUGACAUUUGCCAGAAUAAGGACAAGGUUCUUGAGCAAGCCCUGAUCGCUGAUGUUGAACUGGUUAAACAUGCAUGUAAGUGAAGUAAUAGGUGCCUUGGCUUUAAUGACUGUAAAGUUUGUUUUCAAAUUAAACUGCCAAGAAAAUG